AUGAGCGGUUACGCUGGAGGCGGCGGCGUGCAGCUAAUGGUUAGGAUCGUGGUGGAACCACGGGGAACUGCGCCUAUAGGUGGUGCUAGCAAAGGUCCCCUCACGAUUGUAAUUGUUAGCUUCACCGCACCGCGUCGAGCGCUGAAAUUAAGCAACUGUAUCGAGCUUCAUGUCGUUUUGACUAUGGCACAUAUCAUUGCCAUAGAAUUAGAAACUGAGCGUGUAUUGCUGUCUGGAAUCAACCCACAGUCCCAGGGUUUUGUGUUCACGGAUAAACUGCAGUUCUUGACGGACCCCAUUCAUCUUGAAAAACAGGAGAGAGACGAUAUAGCACAUCUUCGAGAUGUCUAUGGGAUUGCGAUCUACAAUGAGGAUAAAGUGCGUAACGAACUCCCACCGGAUUCUCCACAUAAAGCAAAUAUGAAAGUGAUAAGAGAUGCGAUGAAAAUUAUUAAAAAGAACACCUGCGUGCUAUUCAAAAAACGAAGCGGUGAAAAAGACAAUGCUGAAGUUCGAAACGAACUCAACGAGGGGAGUAAGGGCUCGGUUUCUUUCUCGCUCAAGGUCGCCAAUCAACCUCACUGGAUUGGCUUAGUGGCAUCAGGAGUUUCCGAAAGCGGGUUGCACUAUGGGCUAAGGUAUGAUACUGACGGAAACCUUAGGCAUAUCAGCGCACGGUUGAGUGAAAAUGUUCGUGAUAAGCGAGAACAAGCACCAUGCACUGAAAUUGACACUGUAGGGUUCUCUCACGAUCAUUAUGAGGUUCGUAGUGUAGGUUACCACGCUGUGUUGGUUACCACGGAUUUCAACGACCAGUUUCCAAAGGCUCUGCGGCCUGAUUUUGAUAACUACGGAACGCCGUAUGACUACCUGUCUAUCAUGCGUUAUGGCAAGAACGCAUUCGCGAAACCAGGAACAAUCACUCUGGAAACAUUAGAUCCCGAUUAUCAGGAUCUCAUUGGAAAAGCAAAGCUUCCUUCGAAAAACGACUACAAGAAGAUCUGCCGCAUAUACAACUGCAACCACUGCAAUGGGAAAAAGAUGAAACACUGA